AUGAAAAAUUGCUUGAGGUAUUUGAUAAACGAUCACCUUUAUGUGGAAGCUACUUUAGAGAAUGACAAAUAUCAAGAAACUUUUAAAACGUUAAUAGUAAGGCUCUGUGUGGAGGGUGAACAUGCUGUUAUUGGAAAAAUAAAAUUCUUAUGGCCUGAACAAUGCCUUCCUAAUGAAAUCACAAUCGAUGAAAAGCAGACUAUUGUUUUGAGAGGGAUCGGUAAUAUUGCCAGGAUACCUAUGAGAAUGCAACCGAUUAAGCGUUCAUUAUACAUUGGUACUUCAGAAGAUUCCGUUCCAUCCAUAUCCGUUCAUACUUCACUGUCUUCUGCACACAUAACAGAGCCCUUUGAUUCUCUUGCUGCAAAGAUUUCCAAUUGCUUAGCACAAAAGGAUUUGAGUAAUAUUUGGAAUGAACUAUCAAAAUUAGCCAAGAAGACAAAUGUUGAUUUGUCUGAUCAGUUACCUGUGGCACUUUCUGCUCAAAUGCAAAUGGCGUUGCUAAAGAUUUUACGCAAAUGUGUUAGUGAAAAACUGUUUGACCGAAUACUCACAUUUAUCAUUCACUCAAGGCUGAUCACCGAAUCCAAAGCAUGCUGUAAAUUCAUUGAAUUAUUAGCUAGUAAAAGUCUUAUUCAACAAGCAGUUGAUCUUUUGCGCUUUUCGCUAAUGGUGGAUAAUCGAACUUAUAUGAUGUUUCUUAAAAUGUGUUCUAAUGAGCCUGUUUCGAAAAGUUCCAACCUACUUUCAGCUUUACUGGAAAAACCAGUUAAUAGUUGGGGGUUACGAUUAACUGUUUCACAGGAAUUGACAGAGAUUGAAGUUACGACACUUAUUGAACGAUUGAUAUUACUGGGCUUUGACAGAAAAAGAGAUGAUUUAUUUGAUAACAUAUUAAAACUUGUGGCAGUCCUUGCUGAUAGCCAUUCACAGCGUUUUGUUUGGGAUGAAAAAUGUCACGGUGCAAUACGAGAUGCAGCCUAUUUUGCAGCAACUAUGGUAUUCCUAGUUUCUUAA